CCCUGGAGCACUAGCAGACAGCUCCGGUCUGUAAACCGUGCUGUCAGGUGAAGCGUCUCUCUACUUCCUGGUCUCUGCAGCCAAUAGCAGAGAGAAGCCGCUCAUGGAGCAAAAACUGAAAGAGAAAGUAAGAAACUGUCGGGGAAGUCGCACCAUUACACUGCUUAUUUUUCCAGGAGCAGCACAGGCAUGCAGUUUGCUAACUACUGACGCUCUGAAUCAAAAGAAUAACCCGCUAUUCGGCUAUUUUAAAGACACAUUAAGCGCUAGUGAAGUUCACCUGAGGUCACCGGGAGGAAAAUGUCCCGCGGUUCUAACGCAGGCUUCGACCGACACAUCACCAUCUUCUCCCCGGAGGGCCGCCUCUAUCAAGUCGAGUAUGCCUUCAAAGCCAUCUCUCAGAGUGGGUUAACAUCUGUGGGGGUCCGGGGAACAGACAGCGUUGUCGUGGUGACACAAAAGAAAGUACCGGACAAGCUGCUGGUCUCCUCCACUGUAACCAACAUGUUCAAACUGACUCCUCGCAUUGGCUGUGUGAUGACGGGACACAAUGCGGACAGUCGUUCCCAGGUUCACCGGGCCCGAGUUGAAGCUGGAGAGUGGAAAUAUAAGUUUGGUUAUGACAUAACAGCAGACGCGUUGUGUCGCAGGUUGGCUGAUAUCUCCCAGGUCUACACACAGAACGCUGAAAUGAGGCCUCUAGGCUGCUGUAUGAUCCUGGUGGCGAUAGACUCCCAGCAGGGUCCUGUUCUGUAUAAAUGUGACCCUGCAGGUUACUACUGCGGCUUCAGAGCCACAGCGGUUGGAGCCAAACAGACGGAGGCCAACAGCUACUUGGAGAAGAAACUGAAGAAAAAGCCCGAACUGACCCAUGAAAGGGCAGUGCAGCUGGCUAUAUCCUGUCUGUCCUCUGUGCUGUCCAUGGACUUUAAGUCCAGUGAGCUGGAGGUCGGCGUAGUCACUAAAGAAAACCCUAAGUUCAGGACACUGUCAGAGGCUGAGAUUGAAGCCCACCUGGUCGCCAUUGCAGAGCGGGAGUAGAGGUGCCUUCACAAAUGUCAGCCGGUGAUUCAUCGUAGUAUUUCAAUGUCAGUCUGUCUGAUUUAUCUCAGUUUAGCAACACUGUUACCAACAGGACAACAGUACAGUCUUUCAGCCACAAGUGCAGUAUGAUUAGUCAUGCAGACACGAAGGUCUGUUAUAAAUCAUCCAUAUCGAUUCAAUCCAUCAUGAUUUAAAAGACAUUUCCAGUGGACUUUUUUAAAUUCAUAAUGUAAUAGUCAUUCAGUUUUUGUAUUCUGAUCUUGCACCUCCAACCAUCAUUAGUGGACACACCAACAGUUCAAGCAACACAUUCCUCUUCCAUACUUACACACAGCAAAUUUCCCUGUGUGACUAGAAAACCUGUCUGAUGCUGGUUAGGAUGUGUAUAGAACAUUUGUCAUACAUCUAAUUUAAUACUGUAUGUUUACAACACCACUUUCCUAAAGUUGCAAUUAAACUGUCCGUAGGACUCAUUGUUAACCCAUUAAAACAUCUGUCAUAAUAAACCAGAAUAGAAAAAAGAAUAAAA